AGCGUGUGCGAGAAUAGAUCCGAACCAGACGAUGCUAAAGCAUUAAAUGUCAAAAUGUUGCCGAAAAGAAUUUUGCCCGUGUGGCCUCGAAUGAGACAUGAAAAGAGAAUUUCCAGUGUCUCCCUUCCAGAUGUCUCCUCGUGUAAAUCGGGACUUUGUGUGCUUAUCCGUGUUUUCAAUGUUGAAGUUGGCUGCAAACCAUUUUUUAGACGCUUGCUUCAUUCGUUUUCGUCAUUUGUGAGAUAAAGUCCCGUGUGUUAAAAAGUAUAGCGGAAAGUGAAAAAAUGGAAUACAAGUGCCAGAGCCAAGACAAUAUUGAGAUGCCUUCUUCUUCUUCGAGUAGCUCAACUUAUACGAAUUCUGAAAAUAGUAGCUCGAGCGGUAACGACGAGCCAUCGAAAAUACGAAAAAAGAAAAGUAACCAGUUUGGUGAAAUGCAGCAGGAAUUCUCUUUAUUUAAAGCAAUGAUUCAAAAAAAGAAAAACUCCCGAAAAUACGCCUGGUUGGGAACUUUGGUUGCAAAUCAAAUGGAGGAAAUAGACCAUGACAAACAACAGAGCGCUGCUUGGCAAAUACAGACGAUUAUAAAAAGAUAUAUUGAUGAAUCCAAACAUCGCACUCCUGCAUCAUUAGCAACAUCAUCAUCAUCGGACAAGGAUGAAGUUUCUGACAAGGAUGAUUUUUGCUGUAAAAUACUUAAGCGCCAAAAAAGUGAUACUGCGUGUAAAGUCACCAAAUCUGAAAACCAAAGUGGCUACGAAACAUAAAACUGUGUUUCCUAUAAUAUUUAAGUUAAGUCGAAGAAAUUUAAAACCCAAAGUAUCUAAAAAAUAUAAGACUGUUUUUUAA